AUGGAAGUAGAACUUAAACAAACCUCUGAAUGGUCUAAGCUUGAAGAAAAUACUCCAAUCUCUAAAAUUUCAGCAAAGAAAUUUCGUUGGGAUGAAACUCAUCCAGAAGCUCAAAUUGGAGCCACGCCUGCUGGGAAUUUGGGGUUAGUGACUCCUACUCCUGAUCAUCUCGUGCCUAUGACGUCUGAAGAUCUAGACACACGUAAUAAAUCUUUAUCAGAUGAAGUGCUUAAUGCAACGUUUCCUUCAACUGGUUACAAAAUUCUGGAACCACCAUCAGGAUAUGUACCGAUCAGAACUCUUGCUCGUAAAUUGAUGGCCACAUCAACACCAAUGGUAGGCGAAGAAGAUAAGCAACGCUUUGGUAAAUUAUUAGAAGAUAAAGAUGAAAGUGAAUUACCUGUUGAAGAGUUGAAGGAACGCAAGAUUAUGAGAUUACUUCUUAAAAUAAAAAAUGGAACACCUCCAAUGAGAAAAACUGCACUUAUACAAAUCAUGGAUAAAGCUAGGAACUUUGGAGCUGGAGCACUUUUAAAUCAGAUUCUUCCUUUAUUGAUGUCUCAAAAUUUAGAAGAUUAA